AUGGAGACAGUUGAUCCCAGGACAACUUGGGUAGUGCCUAUGGGCUAUGAAGUUGAAGAAGAUCUUGUGGUUGGUCAUGCUAAAUACUUGCUAGCACAACUGAUAGAUACUACUAUUGAGAGGUUUGGAACCUAUAAAGAGAAAUAUUUACUAGUGCACUCAGAGUUAAGAAAACCAAUAAUUGCUAAGAAAGUGAGAAAGGAAGUUGAGCAAUUUGUUGAGCAACAAGAUGAGGAAGAAGAGCAACCGGAGAAGAUUAAGACAAAAGAUCUCCCAGAUGAUAUAGAUAUUGAUGAUUUUUCACUUGAUGAGAUUGUUAUGGGGAACCAACCAGUAGAUGAAGAAGAAAAGAUAAAACUGGUAAAUGUACAAAAUGAAACAGUUAUAAAUUCAUAUGAUGAUACAAAAGUUAAGGUAACUGGUACUGAGGAGGAAAAGAAAUAUCACAUUGAGGAUAUACAGGAUGAAGAUAAUAUUGAGGUUGGAACACAGGCAGAACACAUUGAGAUUGGGGUACAAGCAAAGCAAACUGAGCAUUCAGAGGAACCCUUGGUUAGUGAAAUGGUUACUAACAAUACCAAUGCAAGCAUAGAGAAACCUGCAGAGACAGUAACUAAGAUACCGACAGCAGAGAAUAAAGAAAAACCAAUGGAGAUACCGGUAGUAGAUAACAUAGUAAAACAAGCAGAGAAACCGACAGAGUCAUAG